AUGGUCGUCCCUCUUAGUGCUUGCCCUACAUCUCGCGACGGGUUUUACGCAAUCUACAACCAGUUUCUGGCGAGUGGGCCAAAAGGGUUCUCGGAGUUCAAGAUGUUGGAGAACGAAGACAUGUUCGUCAGGAUUGACCUUCCCGGCGUUCCAAAAGACGGCGUCAAGGCUUUUCUCAGCGAGUCGAAGAGAGCAGUUUGUGUCGUCGCCGAAGCACCGAAGGAGCACAAACACGACCACUCUCACCGGAAAUACGUCACCGUCACCGGACUCGUCUGCAAAUGCUGCCAAGUCUCCGGCUUCAUCUCCCACAUGUGCGACGGCGUUCUCCGUCUUCUCCUCCUCUCCAAGACUAAGAUCACUCCACCACGCUAUCCGGCGUUAACGGGUCGGGUAUUGAAGCCACACCCAUAUGUGGUCCAAGGUUCGGAGAUGGCUUACGAGUCGAAGCAGCUCCAAAACGGCAGCUUGUACGUGCGUGUGGACAUGCCUGGCGUUCCAAGAGACAAGUUCACGGUCUCCGUCGAGAACGGGAGAGUGAAGGUGACUGGUGAAGCGCCUACCGUUAGUCACGACUCAGGUGGUCGGUUUUACUCCGGUGACGUGGCCAUGCUCUCCGGCGUUGCUAGCAUUCCGAUCCGUAAGAUCAAGACCAUCGCUAAGAACGGUGUGAUUCGCCUCAUUAUCCCUCCCGUUUGA